CCUUAGAACGACAGAGAGCAAGAUGGCGAGCCGAAAGGCUGUGGCUUCAUUAAAUGUCUAAUUUAGGCCUAAACAGGGAUAUGGAUUUACAGAAAGUAUAUCAAUAAAUACCUCCAAGAUUCAUCUUUUCUAAAGCACACGAAACGGAAGUCGAGUUUGGGGCGACGGAGUGUUAUGUGAAGUGAAGAUUGAAGACGUGAUAGAAGAUGGACGACUACUGCUAUGCUAAGAUGGCGACGAACGCUAAAAGAGAACAUGAAGGAGAAUCAACGCCACCAACUUCCAGCAAAUCACCAACGGAGAUAAAGACGAAAAGUGCAGAUAAAGAUGUGGAACAGCCGAUUGGUCACCCAGGAGAACUUACACCUCAGCCGCAAGGAGAAAGUUCCACUUUGAAGGAAGAGGAUCCACAUUCCCCUCACAUUAAAGAGGAAGAGGAGGACCUUUGCAUCACUCUCGGGGCGGAGGAAGCUGAUCUCGCCAGGUUGCCACUGACUAUUGUCUCUGUGAAGACUGAAGAUGAUGAAGAGAAACCACCUGAGACCUUUCGUUGGUCGUUCUCUGCCAACGUCCAGCAGCUGAUUGGUCAUCCAGAAGAGCUUCCUCCUCAUCAGCAGGGUGGGGACUUCACUUGGAAGCAGGAGGCUUCACAGCCACCCCACCUUAAAGAGGAAGAUGAGGGAGGGUGUCUUCUAGGGCCGGAGGAAGCUGAUCUCACCAAGUUACAACUGAUUGUUGUCUCUGUGAAGACUGAAGAUGAUGAAGAGAAAGCACAAGUAGACAACAUCUUAGCUCCACUAUCAGAUAGUGAGGCUGAAGACGAGGUUGAAGAACCUUUUAGCAGCGAUACAGACUGUAAAGGUGAUAUGAGGACUCACACUGACAACACAAACUCUGAAUGUUCUAUAGAGAACACAACUAAAAAACAUUUGAGCUGCUCAGUGUGUGCGAAAAGCUUUAUGAAAAAGAGUAAUUUGAUUCAACACAUGAGAAUACACACAGGAGAAAAAACAUUUAAUUGUUCAGUUUGUGGUAAAAGCUUCACUCAAAAAGGAAAUUUGAGUCAACAUAUGAAAACACACACAGGAGAAAAAACAUUUAAUUGCUCAGUUUGUAGUAAAAGCUUUUCUCUAAAGUGCAAUUUGACUCAACACAUGAGAAUGCACACGGGAGAAAAACCAUUUAAUUGUUCAGUUUGCGGUAAAAACUUUUCUAUGAAGGGCAGUUUGACUGUACACAUGAGAACACACACCGGUGAAAAGCCGUUUGAUUGUUCCGUUUGUAGCAAAAGCUUUUUUCGAAAGGGCAGUUUGACUCAACAUAUGAAGAAGCACACUGGAGAAAAACUAAUUUAUUGUUCAAUAUGCGGUAAAAGCUUCAUUACCAACAGUCAUUUGACUGAACACAUGAGAAAGCACACUGGAGAGAAACCAUUCAUCUGUUCAGUUUGCGGUAAAAGCUAUACUCAGAGAAGCAAUUUGUCUGAUCAUAUGAGAACACACAGGAGGAACAUCUGUCAGUUGUUCAGUUAGCGGUGAAAUAUUUCUUCAUAAUGGAGACACAGUGAGACCCAAAAGAACACAUAGGGGUGAAAAAACAAUCUGCCCUUAAUUUUUGUGUCAAAAAUAUACUCAAAGGGAAAAAAAAUUCAGAGAAUAAAACGAUUAGUAGCUCAGUUUUUGACUACAGUGUCUUUACAAAGUUAGACAUAAUGAAACACUGAAGUGUUGUGAGCGUAUAUUAAAGGUUUAGAGGCAAGAAUACAAGGCAGCUCAUCAAACACAGCAGCAACCUUUCUCUGGUUUUUGAUUGCUUUAUCAUUAAUUUUAUUUUUUUUAUAUACUUUAUUGGGAACUUUGAAAUAACUUGAACCAAAAUUACUCAUUUAGAGUUAGAAUGACACUAAGAACAACAGAUACACCACAAAAUGGAUGGUGGAGUUCUCCUCACUUUCCCUUAUAAUAGUCUCAGGCCAUUAUUUUGGUGGCUGCAUGCAUUUGAAUGGUAUAAAAAAUAUUGUUUAACUCGAAGAAACGUCUGUUUCCGUGGAAUAAAAACUGUUGUUGUCAGAAUAAUUGUAUAUAAGUUGUCACACAACUCGUUUGCUUGCAGUUCAGGUUGCCCUGCGUGAAGACCCCUGGUUACUAUCCACUUGUGCUCACAAAGCUGUCCUCCUUCUUAUCAAGCAAAGGCAGACAGCUUGUAAAUCUCCACUGUGUGCAAUGGAAUGCGCCUCGCCAUAGAAGUGUCUGUUUUUCAGAUCUGGACCGCCACGGGAGGGGCCGUAUCAGGACCAUAUCAGGACCCGAAGUCUCCAAGAAGAUAAGGCGGACAAGCAGAAAGUGGGUGAACCCGACACCGCUCCAAGCACAUUUUGUUUUAACUGUUUA